AUGGCUGCUCUUAAUAAAGAAGCUCAAAAGAAACAUAAGGCUAGACUGGAAAGACAACAGAGUAAUGGCCUGAGGCUUUCAGCUUGUGAUCGAUGUAGAAGACGGAAAAUCAAAUGUGAUCAGAGAUUUCCUAAAUGCUCAAAGUGUGAGAGCGCAAACGUGGAAUGUUAUGCAUUGGAUUCCUUAACGGGAAGAAAAAUUGCAAGAUCCUAUAUUUUUCAUUUAGAAUACAAGAUUGGUAUUCUUGAAAACAUUAUGAAGCUGAACAAUUUGAAGAUUGAAGAUCAUAUCAAGUCUCCGCUCGAGUAUAAAGUCCCAAAUGCUGCUUUCAAUAAUGAUAAGGAGACGCUUCUUGCUAUUGUUUCAGAAGACGAUGAUUCUCUGAAUGAAUCGAAAGAUGACUUAAUCUUAUUUAAUAUGAGAAACCCGGAAUCAUCUAGAAAUCGUCUUGUGAAGAUACAAAGGAAGCCCUUUAACUUCUUGAUGACAGUCAGACGAGAUCCGGCAAACAAUAUCAGUUCUAAAAUGUCAGGGUUAUCUGGACUCAAAAAUUUUGACUGGAGAAAGUUUUAUUUCGAAAAUGAAAAGCUGAAUAAGGUAGAAUCAGAGAUGCGUAACUAUUUCGGGGAUCUUUAUAUUGAACUUAUACAUAAAGACCCUUCUGUUGAUGAGAUUUCAAAAGCGAAAAGCCUUAUAUCUCGAAUUGGCUUAAAACGGGGCUUAUCUUAUUCCAGAGAAACCCUUGAGUCAUUAGAUGAUGUUUUAGUCAAAGUUAGACUCAUUUUACCAACUAAAAAUGUUUUGCUUGCUCUUGUUGCCAUUUUUUUCAAAAAUAUUUAUCCAUUUUUUCCACUUCUUGACGAGACCAGUUUUCGAAAUGAUUUGAACCGAAUUGUGAAAUUUGACGAAAAAGGCAACCCUUUGACUCCAGUUCCGGAAGAUUGGCUAGAUUACGCUUUUUUAUCUUUAAUGUUGAUUCUUUUAAGAUUGAGUUAUAUUUCUGUAUUCAAUAAUGCUGAUCUUAAUAACGACGAAAUUUUUGAAGCCUCACGGACGAUAGGAACAAUUAUACAAAAUCCAAUACCUCUUGAAUCCAUAGAAUUAUCAAAGCUUUGUUUAAGGAAAUAUGACUUGGUCUCGAUUUUUAAUUUGAAAAUUUUUCAAGCUGUUGUUUUCAUGAAGAUUUAUAAAUGUCAUGCACCAGAGGACUGUGAAGUGUCAGAUUUACCUCAAAGUCAAAUAUAUCAUGAAAUACUUAUCUCAAUGGCAGAAUCAUUAGAACUUAAUAGAGACCCAGAUAUACUUGAAAUCGACGAUGAGAAAGAGAAACAUUUGAGAAGAAAAUUGUGGUAUUUUUUAGUUUGGAGUGAUAUGGAAGACUCCAUCGUGUAUGGUACUCCAGUAGCAACGUUUAGUGAAAAAUUCAACACAAAAAGUCCUAUUUUUGAAACUGAACUCACUGUAUCCAAUAUUUGGAAUGUUUCUUUAGAAACAUCUAUAAUGGCCAAUUUCAGGAAUCUUUCUCCAAUAACGAGCUUACUUCACAGUGUGGUAGAGAAGGUAUUUAAGGUGAGUCCCUCAUUAGGAAUAUCGGAUUUAGUGUCCUUAGUUUCGAAACUUGAAGCCCUAGUUGAAAAAAAUUUUGAAAGUUUGGAAGAUUAUUUUACAAAAGAAGACUCACAAUUUUCCUUUCAAAAGAUAAUUCGGUUUAAGUUACACUUAUAUUGCAAAACCUUCCUACUGUAUAUUAAUUACUGCAUUGCUCUUUCCUACGAGUUUUCCCGUUCUACUAAUUUGCAUCACUUUUUUCUAAAAAAACUGUUGGACAUACUAUAUCUGGAUUUGUCAAUAAUAAAUGCUGAGAUUUUUACGCGCGCUAAAAGCGCUUUUGGUUCUCAGUUCACUUUGAUAAUCACGCCUGUGAUUCAAAUCGCUUCUAGAUAUCUGUGUCUUAUAAAUUCUAUAAUGUCCAUUAGAAUAUCGAGCUCCAUACACUUAUUAAAAAAUGAGAAUUUCAAAAAGAAAGCGCAGUUUCAGUAUUCGGUCAAUAGAAACUUAGACUUGCUAGACGAGGCAUUAAACAGCAUCAAAAUUCAUUCUGCUCAUGAAGUCAUUUUUAACUCUUUGAUGAGUAAGAGGUACUAUUCCAGUUGGAAAUGUAAGAAGAACUUCAGGUUAAUUUUUGAAAAUGGACUCAAUCCAGAAUUGUACAACGACGAAUCAUGUAAUAAAAAAGUUGUUCUAAAGCUUUUUUGGAAUGAUCUUGAGGACAUGUUGAGUAUUUGGAAUAGUUCGAUUCCGUUGAAGAAGAAACUAAUAGAUAAAUAUAUGAGCAAAUUUUAUCAUCAGUGUAAAGGGAUUUUGCCAGACCAAUUGAAUGAAAAGAGAACCGAGGAGAAUUCAAUUGAUACAAGCUACCUAAAUGAUCUUCACAGCGAUAGUUUUUGGUUUCAGUUGGAGAGAAUCAAGGAAAUCGAUAUUAAAAGACAAUAUUUAAGCCCUUGCGGUUCCAAGGACAAAGCUGGUUCAGCCUCACUGCAAGAGAGUUCAUAUGUUUCCGUGUCUAAUUUUGACUCUAACCUUGGGGAUUUAUCAUACUUUGAAAUGUUAUGGGAACAUUCCUCAGAGGCUUACUUUACAGCAUUUCAAGGUUAA